AUGGCGAGAAUAGGCCCAGCUACCACCACUUUCAUCGACCAUUCCUUCCGCUCGUCGCGCUCUUUCGUAACCCUCGACGCGCCAGCAGCCCAGCGGCCGCUUGGCCCACCCACGGACGCGCAACAGAUCGUGCCGCAGGUCCGAUCCCAAGACGGAGGUGACGGCGGCGCGACGAUAUUGUCGACGGCAUCGGCUGAUUACGUGACGCUACACUCGGAGACCUUCGCAGGAAAGGUCGGUGAAGCCGAGGAGAUUUUUUCCCCCGAAGACUGCGUGAUUCCUUCCAAAAAAAUAAGAUUAGGGCCUGGCGAAGACCGUGUUGACUCAGCAGCCGCGGACGGGGCUUCACUGCUUCUAUCAAGGCCGCUUGUAGCGGGGUUAGCUGGCGACCGAUCCGUUCCUUCCAUCGACGAAGAUUGUCUGGUAUCGCAGCCGUCCUUAUCGCACCUACUGAAUCAGCAGCCUGGCGCCACUUCGCCAAUGCUCGCCGUAUCUUCAGCGAUUAACAGCGAACCUGAAUACAGCUUCUGCAGCUUCGGGAAGCGGCAGACGUGGCGGUUCGAAGCAUGUUUCCCCGACGAGGCAACGGAGGAAGCGGGUGAAGCGGCGGUUGCAAACAAUAAUGGCCCAUUUUUAUUCGACGUUGAUCAUGAUGACGAAGAUGAUUGCGACGAUGCAGCGGAAAGCGGCGCGGAUUGCCAAUCGUGGCGGCUAGAGGUCGAUCUGACUCUUCAGUGCACAAGGGGCCGCCUCUGGGGAUGCUCAGACGUGAUUGGUUCAGUCGAUUUCAAUGAGUCGGGUAACUAUUUCGCCACUGGUGGCAUCUCGCGGAAGAUUCGCGUAUAUUCGCUUUCGUCGCUCCGCUCGCUCCAGGAGCGGAAGCUGGAGGGAUGGCGGGAAAGAUGGGGGCGACGGAGCUGUGAAAUCGGAUCAGGAAUGGCGGAUUCGGCGGGCGACGCGGAAUUUUGUAACUAUGGAUUAUCUUACGCGGGCCCUCGGCGAGGAAAGCGACGCGCUGCGUCGACAAACGAUCUGCGACGGUUCGCCGAAGCUUCGGACAGAGACGAUGCGGAAGAGGAGGAUGCUCGCAUACUCGACACGGACCAAUCCGCAUCCAAGAUUCUCUGCUGCGCUGCGAAAUUAAGUUCCGUCAUGUGGGUCCCCGGAUCUAGCAACAUUAUAGGCGCGGGUGACUAUGACGGGGUUUUUGCGGAAUGGGACAUCGAAAAGGGCCUCUGUGUUACAGAGAGGGAGGAGCACGAGGGGCAGCGCAUCUGGUCCGUAGAUUACUCCCAAUGGAUGGGAUCCAACGGCAAGCCGAUGUCCGUUACGGCAUCGAACAACGGAGCGGUAUGUCUCUGGUCGGCAGACUCGGAAGACAGUGUGGGGAAGAUCUGGUUGGCUUCCGGCAAGCGUGCGAUCUGCAGUGCGAAAUUAGGUCCCGCAAAGGGCGGCGAGAAUCUUCUCGCAUUGGCCGGAGCCGAUUCGAAAGUGUAUUUGUACGACCUUCGGAAUCUCCAGGAGCCGCUUCUGUCGCUCGCAGGGCACCAACGCACCGUGAGCUACGUGCGAUUCAUGGGCCCAGGCUCCCUGGUUUCCUCAUCCGUCGAUUCUACCGUCAAGCUGUGGGACGUCACGGGUUCGAAUCCCAGCAACGGCGUUUCUGCGUCGACCGGCUCCCCCAGCCAGAUACCUAAUGCUGCUACUGGAAAUGCAACCAGAGACCGUUCUAGUCUUCCAGCCGCAGGAGUCUCUAAUCACCUGCGUGCGAGCUGCGACGACCAUCUUAACGUGCGGAACUUCGUCGGGUUAUCCGUCAGAGAGUUAGACGGCGGUUCAAGCUUCUGCCGCGGCGGCACCACCAGGUGUGCCAAGGGAAACCUAGGUUCGGCGGGUGGUUCGGGAGCUGGGCUUAUCGCAACAGGCUCGGAGAGCAACGAAUUGGUGAUUUAUCACGUGGACUCCAAAUCCCGCUGCAACUGCGCCUUGAAGUUUGACUUCGGCUUCGCUAAGCCGCCCGGCAACUACGGGGGUUCGGACACUAAGGGACGGUCUAGGACUCCAACCUUGGGAAUGGCUGGGAGGGAUAGUAGCAGCGGGGGAGAGAUGAGGGGAAGCGGGAGCGGAAGCGGAGGUGGUGGGGGAAACGUCUUUGUGAGCGCCGUUAGCUGGCAGCAGCGCCCUGAUAGUGACGUGCUUGCUGCAGCCAAUUCCCAAGGGGUAGUGAGGAUACUUCGGACCCAGUGUGAAUAA